AUGGACAUCAAAAAUCAUGAAAUCACGAAAAAUCACAUUAAAAAAUGGUGCAAAGAAAAUGAUGAUAGCAAGCAAAUUUGUUUUUUACAAAAUACAGAUAAUAACAAAGGUAACAAAAACCAGCCUAAAUCAUCACACAAAAAACAAAAAACAUUUUCUAAUAAACUGGAGAAAAAGAAAGAUAUUUUUUUAGACUAUAAUGUUAAAUCCUUUAAUCAUCUUGAGAAAAUAUCACUAACGCAUCUAUUCAACUUCUCAUACCCUCAAUUAUUUCAUACUUCACAAGUAGCAAUACAUUUAAAUUGCAAAAACACAAAAAAUCAGCAAAAAUCUAGAGACAGUUUUCACUAUAAGGGAAAGGAAUAUUUCAUAAAUUCUAAUUAUCGAUUUAUUGUGAAUCCAUAUGAAGAUUAUCGUGUACAAACGCUAGAUCCCGAUAUACCUAUACCUUGGAAAAACAUAUUCCAAAUACUUAUUUCACGACUUGCACAACAUAGACCAUGUCCAAUAUGUUUAGAUGAAGAUCCUAUAGCACCACGGAUAACAAAAUGUGGACAUAUUUUUUGUUUACACUGUAUUAUAUCUUAUUUUGAAAACAAAAAUGAAGAAAAUGAUAAACAUAUCAAAUGGAAAAAAUGCCCGAUAUGCUUUGAUGCUAUCUAUAUUCCAGAUUUAAAACCUAUACGAUGGUAUGAUAAUGUUUCGUCAGAAUUACCUAUUGAAGGGAAGGAAAUACUUCUUCGUUUAUUUAUACACAAACAAGGAUAUAUUUAUGCAUUUCCAUAUGAAAAUUUCUCAAAAAAUACAAGCGAAGGAGUUAUUCCAUGGUAUUUUGAACAAGAUGUUAUGGAUUAUUCUCGUAUCAUGAAAGCAUCCGAAGAUUAUAUGAUUGGCGAAAUAAAUCGUGAACUUGAGCAAUUAGAAAAAAUAAAAAACAAUGAAAAAGAACAUAUAGAAUUAGUAGAAGGCUCAAUUGAUAAAACUAUACAAUGCAUUCAACAAUCUAUAUUAUCAUUUAAAAAAAUGCUGGAUGACCAUAAAAAUCCUUGUACAACACCAAUAUCGUUGAAACAUAAGAGUAAUAUUGAAGAGCUAUCACAAGAAAUAAACAAAAAAUUGCAUAUGCAAGACAAUACAUCGAACAAUUCAACCAAACCAUCAUACGACAUACAAAAAACCAAUUCAUAUCUAUUUUAUCGACCUCAAAUAGUCGCACAUUAUUAUUUGUCUAUGCUGGAUAUCAAAAUACUUAAAGCGGCAUUCGGAGACUACAAAUUUUUCCCUCCAAACAUUAUUGCCAGGGUAGAAAAUAUAUCAACUGGCCAUGUUGUAGAUAAUCCACUGCGAAAGCGAAUAAAAUAUCUUUCCCAUUUGCCUUGUGGCUGUGAAGUCUCGUUUCUGGAAUGCGAUUGGUCAGACGUUAUCGACGAAUCGAUUCUGCACAGGUUCGAUAGUGAAAUCUGCAAGAGACGGCAAAAGAGAAGAGAAAAAAUCAUGCAAGAAUCAAAAUGUGCAUAUUUCAGAGAAAAAAACUGCCAGCCAAAACCGUGA